AUGACAGUCUCUCCGUCGACGCUGAAACUUGCGAGUCUGUGCAUCUUGUGCGUCCAGAACAGUUUAUUGGCCAUCUUGAUGCGACUUUCGAGAGUGGGCGACCAUCCGCGCUUUAAUGCCGCCACGGCCGUGUUCAUUGGGGAGGCUCUGAAGCUACUCACGUGCGUUGCCGUGCUCAGCUAUGAAUUCAGUGCACUUGACCAGCUGCAGCGGCGGAAACGCAUGGGCGCUUCCUUUCGUGCCAUCACCAACGCAGGUGAGCUGCUGCGCGUGAGUGUGCCGGCGAUGCUCUACGUCGUCCAAAACAAUUUGCAGUACGUGGCCGUAUCGAACCUGGACGCACCCACUUUCCAAGUCCUGUAUCAGCUCAAGAUCCUCACCACGACCAUUUUUUCCGUCAUCAUCUUGCGGAGAAGAGUGCUGAUGAUGCAGUGGGUGGCCAUUGUGAUGCUCAUGAUAGGCGUCGCACUCGUGCAGCUGGACGGGGAACCAGCUGCUGGCACCCUGAAAACCGAUCGAACAGUAUCGAGUACGACGAAGGGGCUGCUGGCGGUGGUGGCGGCCUGUGUCUGCUCGGGCUUUGCUGGCGUGUACUUUGAAAAGAUUCUGAAAGGCGUUGGGUCCACGACCACUUUAUGGGAACGCAACGUGCAGUUGUGUUUUCUCGGAUUGACACUAGCUGGCAGCGGUCUCAUGUACAAUGAUCUGGAGUCGAUCGUGACUCGCGGGUUUUUCUAUGGCUAUCGUCCCGUGGUAUGGGCAGCCAUCGCUCUCUCUGCUUUCGGUGGCUUGCUUACGGCUGUAGUCGUGAAAUACGCUGACAACAUUCUCAAAGCAUUUGCUACGUCCAUCGCUGUAGUGCUCUCCGUCAUCAUGUCAAUCUUCGUCUUUGACAAAACGCCGACGGCUCAGUUCGCGAUUGGGGCGAUCGUCGUCAACGGUUCCGUAUAUGCUUUCGGCAAAGCUCCAGAGUGGGUCAAGCCUCAGCUCGAAUGCAAACGUCGAAACGACUCGAGUGUCGAAGUCAAGCACAUUGCUUAA